AUGGCUAUUGCAGGACUGCACGCCAAGUCGAGGAAUUUGCCAUCUUUAGACAGCGAGAUCUUCCGCUUGCGACUUCGUGCACUGAAGCACUGCCAUCAGAUUUCCCGCAGGACUUGGAGACCACGUGCCUCCGAAUCGGAGUCCGAGAACUCUGGGAUCACAAAUGCCAGCUUCUGCUUCCAGAUCACAAAUCUCGAAUCUGAUGAUAUAUGCCUGGUCACCACUGCCGUCUUAAUGGUGGUCUUUGGGAAACUGUCUGGCGAAGUCUACGGCAACAUCCGACCCUAUCUGGAAUUUGCGCAUGACUUCUUGCGCCAUGAGAGGGUAGCUCAAUAUAACGUGCGGCUCUCUACAACGCCAUUUUACCUAUUUCUUUACAACCUCGUUUCAUACAAUCAACUCCUGGCGCUCGUGGCUGACACAAGUCUGACCUCAACUUCCUGCGGUGUUUACGAUGGAUCCGUGCUUGCAGAUGCGUUCCAUCAGACCAGGCCGAAUUUCCCGGCUUUACUCUGCCGUAUUAGCGAUAAUGUCCAACAAUUCUCGUCAUUCGACAUCGAUUACUGGGAUGGUAACUUGGACUUCCUCCCAAGUUUCAGUAUGAAGAGGAAAACGGCAGAGCACGUUGGAGACGCCGACAUCUAUGUUACAAAGGAAUUCACCUUCGUUACGGCUGACGGGGGAAAUGAUGCAAAGAAGGAUGAAAAAUUCAUAAUAGGUGAAAUUUACCGCAUCUCGAGCCGAAUUCACUUCUUCAAGCAGCUCAGAGAUCGCGAUGGGCUAUCAGAUACUCCGACGACUCUUGCGUUCCCGCCGUUCAUGGCCCACAAACAGAUCAAAAAGUAUUCAAAACGGGCCAUUGACCUUUUCCGCCUGCUGUCUGACCAUUCACAAUUCAAUACGGCCAUAUUGCUACCUCUUGGAAUCAUUGCCCCUGAGCUUACUUCCAAGCGAGAUCAGACGUUUGUCAUCGAAAAACUGAAAAUGCUCGAAAGGACUCAAUGCUUCGAUGUAUUUAGAAUAUUCAGCCAGGAUCUUCAAGACACAUGGGCUCGUGUCCAUGCUUCGCAAUCGGCUCUCUUGGCCGAUUUUUCUGAAAGACCUGUGAGAUUACUCGGUUGA